AACCUGGUAGUAGUGUUUACACGGAACUAAUGUAAUUGUUAAGAAGCUUGCUGUUCAUAAUUUUAGAGACUUCUUGGUUGAGAAACUGUUUUUGCAGCGAUGUACAAUAACAGUUACACCCGGCCUAAAGUGGCACUGAAGGCUCAGGACAUUCGCAGAUCGAAGGGAAAAGGCUGUGGGUAUUAUCUCCGCAUCAUCUUCUUCUUCUCUUCAUUGAUACAGUCAUUGAUCAUCGUGAGCCUGGUGCUCUUCUUAGUGUACGGUCAGCCAGAGAAGAGCCCCGAUGAGAAGAGAGUGGAUGAGCUGCAGCAGAGUACCAACAAGCUCUCCUCAGACAACACCAAGCUAAGGAAGGAUAAAGCCGACCUCAUUGCCCAGCUUAAGUCCAAGACGACGGAGAAGGAUGCAGAGGUUAAAAAAGUGGUGAAACUUACAGCAGAGUUGGAUGCUGCCAAAGCAAAUAACACAAAGCUUUUCCAAAUGAUAGCUAGUUGUCAAGCAACUAAGACAGUUCGGAAUGUGGUCCCAUGUCCACAGAGCGGUGGUACAAGUGAUCACAUGAGAAACUUACAGACUCUCUUGGAUCAGCAGAGGUCUCUGUAUGCAAUCCUCCAAUCUAAUUUCAGUCAAACGGUUCAAAACCUCAAGUUCAACUUGGACAGUGCACUUAAAGAUAAAACUAAGCAUGAAAUGGCCAUGCUGAAACUGAAAAAUGAGAAAGAAGAUCUGACUUCUGAGCUUGAGCUUUACAAAAAGAAGUGCAAGGAGGACUUUGUGAAGUCGCUGCAGGGCAUCCAGGAUGUCACGACUGCUUUCCUCGCCAAGAUUGACAACCUCUUCCCUGACACCUUUACCUUCCACCUUACUUGUUCAAAGCAACAAGAGCAAAUGCAGAAGAUCCACGCAAAUUGCACAAACCUUUCCCGGCAAGUAGAAGACAAGUUCCAGAACUACUUGAAUUCAGUUGGCGAUAAAGUUUCAACCCUUCAGGCGCAGAGCAGCCGAAUGGAAGUUGAAAACAAUAGGCUGACUUCUGAAAAUAAGAAGUGUAGCCAGGAUCGUGCUCAAGAAGCCGAGAAGUGCACAAAGCUUCUUCAGGAGGCUCAGCAAGUGCAGGACAGACUGGUGGAGCCACUACUGCAAACCCAGAAACAACUAUUGCAGGAAAAGCAAAUGCUGCAAUCUUCAUGUGUCCCAAGGCCCCCAAUGCCAAAACCGAACGGAAUGGAUAUGAUGUUUCCUGGUUAUGCAGGUCCAUACAAAACAGGGAGCAGUCAAUCAUCAAAGGCUAGGUAAAGCGUGAGGAGCGAGCGGCACACGUUUUGUCUCCAGUCCAGCCUCAGAGGAGCAGCUCAAAAUUUGUGCAUUUGAGGUUCUAACUUUCAUGAGUUUAAGGUGAAGUGUAAAAGUAUUUAAAGCAUAGGCAUUAAUAAUUCCUUGCCAAUAUUAAUUAGUUGUAUAUACUAGGAUGUACAUGAACAUUGUCAGC